CACCAACACCAACACCACCAAGCCAGCCGGGGGGAGCGAGCCAAGGGUUUUUGAGUACAACGCACCCCUCCCACCCCCCUCCGCUCCCCACUCCCUCGCUACUCCCCACCCCCGAAAAAUUUCAAUUGACUCCGCAUUGAGCCGCCCGCCGCCACCGGAAUCCCCGAAUCCGGCCGGCGGUAGGGCUCCUGGUGGUGUGCUGGUGAGGGGGUUCGGUUGCUGGCCCGGCCCGAGCCCUGCGGGGUUAGAUCCGGGGAAGGGGGGCGGGGAGGGGGGUUGGGGCGGACCCGCGCCGCGGGGGGGGGGGGGCGGGGGGGGGGGGGGGGGGGGGGGGGGGAGGAGGUGGCGGGGAGCGGAUGAAGCUGCUGUGCAGCCUCGGCGGGCGCAUCCUGCCGCGGCCCGGGGACGGGACGCUGCGGUACGCCGGCGGCGACACCCGGAUCGUGUCCGUGCCGCGCGGGGUGGCGCUGCAGGACCUGCUGGCCCGCCUCGCCGACGCCUACGGCGGCGCCACGGGCCCGCACUUCGCGGUCAAGUACCAGCUCCCCGACGAGGGCCUCGACGCGCUCAUCUCGGUCUCCUCGCCCGAGGAUCUCGACAACAUGGUGGAGGAGUACGACAAGCUGGCCGUCGCCAGCCCCAAGCUGCGGGUCUUCAUCUUCCCCGUCUCCGAGGCGGCCGCGGCCGGGGACGAGGGCGCCGAGGGCGGCGCCGGCUUCGACGCCGGCCUCAGGUACCUCGAGGCCGUCAACGGCAUUGUGCGCAAGGAUAGCAUCGCCAGCCUCUCGUCCACCCAGUGCUCCGACGGCGGGCCUCCUCCUCCUACCCCGGCUGUGCCUUCUUCUGGAGGAGGAGGGGGAGGAGGAGGAGGCGGCGGCGGCUCCCCGACUGCUGUCUCCCCCACCUCCACCUGCUCCUACGACGCCGCCAGAUCGGCUUUUGCUGCUCCGCCGCCACCCCAGCAGCUGCUUGUUGAUGUCUUCACCAAUGCUGCUCCUGCCCCUGUCCCGGUUAAGCCGCAGGAGAGUGCUGCGCCCCCUCAGCCAUCCCCCCAUCCACAUCCACAUCCGGAGGCAGCAAGGUACCGUCAGCCACUCUCCCAGCUACCACCACUGCCACCAGUGUUCAUGAACGAUCAUAGGGAGGUUAUGCAGGGUCUGAAUCAGCAGCCACCAGAAAAUGCGACCUGGUUUCAGGACUGCAAUAUGUGUAUCAAGGCUCUGCCUCAUGCUCACUCCGAUCCAGUCGUGAAUGACUAUGCCAGCGAUGUGCGUGGAGGGGCGCCGCCUGAGCAAAUUCCAGUGUUCAUGAGCCUGCGGCCUGAAGAUGUGGCAAGGAUCAUGAUGGGAGAGCGGCAAAUACCUUCACAAAUGGGGGCUUAUGGGUACACACAUAUGCAUCCAGUGCAGCCUGACAGGGAAAGGAUGUAUGCACCAAAGAUGGAAGGCGUUGCAAACCCAAUGCCCGUCGAUCCAGCGAGCUUUCAUCAGCAUGUCUAUGUGCAGCAGCAGCACCACCAGCAGCAGCAAUUGCCACCACAGCAGGUGCCGUCGUCGACUUAUGGAUUUAACCAUAUCCCCAUGAUGCCUACUGAGAUGGUCUCUCCAAAUUCCGUUCAUUCUGACACUGCAAGCUCUCAUCAACAAGCUAUACUGCAUCAAAUGCCUUCACCCCAUGGAAUGGCUCAGUACCAAGUGAGGCAAACUAAUCCCAAUAAUCCGCUUGAAGGCGAAGGUAGUUUAAGUGGCAAUUCUAGGCAUCGGGAGGAUGGACAAGUGCUCCGUGAUAAUGUGCCUUCAGUGGCACCUGCUGCUGUGCCAACCUAUAUGGCCAAUGUGGACAGGAUGAUGGAUUCACUACGGGUGAACCCCAACGAGCCCCGCUAUCCCGAACAAAGGAUGUAUGCCGAGAAUGGUUUACCCCAGAAUGCAACAUCGCAAUACUCUCAGAGCAACACCAACACCUUUUUUGAUGUCAGUGAGCCAAAGAUAGCCCCUCCAACUGAAUCAAUGCCACCGCCUUCUGUGGCCAGUCCUUAUAUGCAUACUGUCCAGCAUGCCAACGUUAACCAUAUGCCGCCGCAAAUGGUGAGCAUUGGGGGACCAUACCCCAGUUAUGUUGCCGCUACGAUUGGGCAUGUGGGUGUGCCCCCAUCGGCUUAUGGUGUUGAUCCUGCGUAUACAAAAGCCACUAUUAACCCAAUGGGCGAGCAGAAGGAUGUUCUUCCUGAAGUUUAUCACAAGGAAGCUCCACAUGAAUCCGUUCCUCCUUCGAACGCUAAUGCUCAGGUACCAUUACCGACACCAGCAUUGGCAAAUCACGCUCCAGUCGAGCAGCUCCAGGAGUCUGGUUUACCGGGUCAACAGUUCAGCAAUGUACAUGCGCUGCCACCAAGACCUAAGAGGGUAGCAAGCAGGGAGAACAUCAGUUCUAAGGAUCCCCAUUCCCAAAACUCUCUGUUGAAUUGCAAAGGGCCAGAUUUGAAUAUCCCGGCUGAGGAGCAACCAUAUCACAAAGACACACAUGCAGAACAACCUCAGUUUGUCAAAGGUGAUGGUAUCACUAACCCAGACUUGCUGGGCAUGGAGGAUGGUCUAGCCGCAUUUGAGCCUCCACCUCCUGUGCUGAAUGAAGGGCAUGGGAAUGUCACUAAUAAAGUAGACGGGCAAGCUCACACCAACGAGGUUAGCAAGGGCAAACCACUAGAUUGGAUUUCAGGACAACCAGUCGCAGAUGAGCAUGAACGCCUCCAGAUUAUAAAGAAUGAUGACCUCGAAGAGCUCCAAGAACUCGGUUCUGGAACUUUUGGAACUGUAUAUCAUGGUAAAUGGAGGGGCUCUGAUGUUGCAAUAAAAAGAAUCAAUGACAGAUGUUUUGCUGGGAAGCCAUCUGAGCAAGAAAAAAUGCGGAAUGACUUCUGGAAUGAAGCAUCUAACCUUGCUGAUCUGCACCACCCCAAUGUUGUGGCCUUUUACGGCGUUGUUCUAGAUGGGCCUGGGGGAUCCAUUGCAACGGUUACAGAAUAUAUGGUUAAUGGCUCACUUAGGACGGCUUUGCUGAAGAAUUCCAAGAGCCUGGAUCGACGCAAACGGCUAAUUAUUGCCAUGGACACAGCUUUUGGAAUGGAGUAUCUGCAUAACAAAAACAUUGUGCACUUUGACCUCAAAAGCGACAAUUUACUUGUUAAUUUAAGGGAUCCUCAGCGUCCAAUAUGCAAGGUUGGUGACCUUGGGCUUUCAAAAGUCAAGUGUCAGACCCUCAUCUCUGGUGGUGUGAGGGGAACGCUUCCAUGGAUGGCCCCAGAGCUUCUGAAUGGAAGCAGCAGCCUGGUCUCUGAAAAGGUUGAUGUCUUCUCCUUUGGGAUUGUCCUGUGGGAACUCCUCACAGGAGAGGAACCAUAUGCAGAUUUGCAUUAUGGUGUUAUCAUUGGUGGAAUUGUGAGCAACACUCUGCGGCCGCAGGUGCCUGACUCAUGCGACCCAGAGUGGAGGUCGCUGAUGGAGCAAUGCUGGGCGACAGAACCGUCGGAACGGCCAAGCUUCACCCAGAUCGCCGUCAGGCUGCGCGCCAUGGCCGCGUCCCAGAAGGUGCAAUCCUAGUAGCGCCAGCAGUGGUCUUGAGAAAACUUCUGGGGCCAUCCAUCCGUCUUGGACAAGUUCGUCUUCGCAUAUUGCGUAUUUUAAGAAAAUCCGGUGCUGAUAUAUAUAAAUAUUAUAUAUAUGGUUGGUUUCGUUCUUUCGUAGCGUCGGUCCCUAGGGUCUAUCUAUCUGUUCAUACCCCUUCAUUGUUUCAUACCUUGUAAUCAUAAAAUCAUCAGCCCUCCCUCCCAACCUCCCCGUGUCUAGAAGUGUCGGUCGGUCGUCGUCCCAGAUCCGUAUUCAUUCAUUUAUACCCUUCCCCUUUGGCUUUGGCUUAGAGGCGCGCUGAAUAAGCCAGUCUUAUUGUCAGUUAUAGAGAGUCCGAUAUUUUAUUUAUUUUCUUCCCUUUGUCUCCCCUGCCUUUUCUUGUGGGUAAUAAUCGAGUCUGUUUGGAAGUCAUUGGUCGGUCAGGUCAGGUCAGGUCAGUCUGAAGAAUGUGGUGAUGAACUGGUUGUGUAAUCUGGGUGGUGUAAUACAAGUUUUUGGGAACUGUCAGUUGAGAUCCUAUAUUGCUUGUAUAUGCUUGGUUUUUCGUGUGUUUGUUAUGUAUACCGAAAUGGUUCGGUGUCGCUGUAAAAAGGGUCCAGUUGUUUUGUUUUAUCCUGUGAGGAAGAAAAAUAUAUCCAGUUAUUUUGAUUA